CCUGUACAGUGGUCAGGGAAACCCCUAGUGCGGACCUGCCAACGCCCGGCACAGAGAAACAAACAGAAAGGAUACGAUCUUGAAAGAGCAGCAAACCCUGAGAGACUCCAGCUAUGCAGACGAUUAAGUGCGUUGUGGUGGGCGAUGGUGCCGUUGGUAAAACCUGCCUGCUCAUCUCCUACACUACCAACAAGUUCCCCUCGGAGUAUGUCCCCACGGUGUUUGAUAACUAUGCAGUAACGGUGAUGAUCGGUGGUGAGCCCUACACUCUUGGACUCUUUGACACUGCAGGUCAGGAAGAUUAUGACCGGUUACGGCCCCUGAGCUACCCCCAGACGGAUGUCUUCUUAGUCUGCUUUUCUGUCGUCUCACCUUCCUCAUUUGAAAACGUCAAAGAAAAGUGGGUCCCAGAGAUCACCCAUCACUGUCCAAAGACGCCCUUCCUGCUGGUGGGCACGCAGAUCGACUUGCGGGACGACCCGUCCACCAUCGAGAAGCUGGCCAAGAACAAGCAGAAACCCAUCACCCCAGAGACAGCAGAGAAGCUGGCCAGAGACCUCAAAGCCGUCAAAUACGUGGAGUGCUCAGCCCUCACACAGAAAGGACUAAAGAAUGUUUUUGACGAGGCGAUUUUGGCAGCGCUGGAGCCACCAGAGCCCAAGAAGAAGCGCAAAUGUGUUUUGCUAUGAAAACCCUACACACACACACACACACACACACACACACACACACAUGCACCUACACACACGCAUACAUGCGCACCCACACACACGCAUACAUUCACACAGUGGGGUGACCAGUCCAUAAGUACAUAUACACACACACAUCUUAACACUUCCCGCCUCUCCUCUGACUCCAACCCUACCCCUUACCCCAUCCCUCUUCCCUAUAUCUGCUAAGGCUGCCCAUCAGCUUUGCUACCCUAAAGCAAUUUAUUCCUAGUUAAAAAAAAAGUGUUUAUGGUUGUGUUUGCUUUGCAAUGAAGUUUCAAACGAUGGCCCUGUGUAAUGCCAUAGUGGACAAAAUAGACACUUUCUUGUUUUUUGUUUUGUUUUUAUUGUUAUUAUUAUUGUGGUUAUUGUUUUUAAUCCCAAACGUUUUACGAUCAUCACGAGGGCUAAUUCAAAUGUGUGUGUGAUCUUAGCCCUGAGCUUCAAGGUGACCCUUUUCGAGUCCUCGUCUGCCCUCGUGUCUUACGGCCAGGGGACUGGGCCAGUUGUGCUCGGGGGAGACCCGGAGCAGGAGAGGAGGGGGAGAGAACCUCCUGAGCUGUGAAACAGGGGUUUUCUUGAAGCCAACCACUUUACUUGGGCUCUGUUUCAAUGGUCAGCUCUCUCCGUUUUCAUUAAAGUAUGGUUCUCCUCCCACCCCUUUUUUAAUGCAGCUGGGUAGUUCUGACUUGCUGCUUGAACUGUAAGGCAUCCCCGUUAGGCAUUCCCGUUCCUUCCCCCCAAUCCACGCGCACCCAGGGCUUCAUUGAGAGCCUCACCUGAAGUGCUUGCAAAGCUUUGUUCCUGUAAUUAUUGUUUAAAAAAAUUGCCAACACCUCUGUUUGAAGGAGGCAUGAUGUCUUGAGCAGUGAACUGCGUCAGUAAACGGAUGAAAUGCUUUAUUUGUUAAUUGGUGUUAAAAGCGGGUUGUCGGUGAGAAUUUUUUCUUCUCAAGCAGGAAGAACUUUCUAACAGUGUUAGUGCAGGAGGUGUGAUCUACUUGCGUUUGCCGGGGACCAUAGAUGGUGUUGAAGUGGCGACCUGUGGGUGAUGUUCCUGUGCUGUAGGUUAACAUUAACAAAUAAUAAUGGAAGCUGACAAGUCAUAGGUUCCACUUUUUUAUUUUGUUUUCUUUGUCAUCGUUCACUUCUUUUCACAUUUUUGUUUCUUUUCUUUCUUUUUUUCCCUCUGUCUUUUGUGCUGUUUAUAAUCUGACAAAUUUAUUUUUCAAUUUUUUUAGGAGCCGGACUCCUACUAAACUCUGGUCCACCUGUCAGUCAUUUCAAAAUAACCACAAGAAUGAAGAAUACUAAGAAGUCCUCUCUGUCUCUCUCCCUCCCGAGCCAAAUGUUGCUCCACUACGCAGGUGGACCAGAGUCUGUGGGACUCUAGCAGUCUGUGUCAUACAAAAGGUUUUUUUUUCUGUUUUUGGUGUAAUACCAAAGGCUAUGUAUGAAGUCUGUCUUGUAUAUGCAUUCUUUUCAAAGAUAUUAAACUUAUACCUUAAUUGCCUUUA